AUGGAUAGCCUUAGAAUCUUGUUGAAACAGGAGCUGGAGAAAUUGGACAAGACACUCAGCCAACUAACUGUCACUCAACACAAUGAACCACAAACUUUCAGUAAUGCUGUUAUUGGCAAUAGUAGUGCUAUGAAUGCACAGGAAUCCUUGGCACAUCAGCAGCAACCCAUUAGUCUGGAUUCAACCGAUCUUUUAAAUGUCCAGCCCAGGAUGAUCACUAUUGCUGGAUCAAUAUCCAGACAGGCAACUUUAUUGGCUAUUGCACUCAAGGGCAAUGACGCAAAAGAAGUCAGCUCGGCCUGUAGUGCAUUGAUGGACUUUUCUGCCGAGCUCGUUCAGCUGGUAUGCAAUACACCUGUAGAUGUGGGUCGAUCCCUUAAACGUCAUCUUAUCUUGGCUGCUCAGUCGCUACUCUGCGGUUUGGUAAAUCUGCAGAGCACAGAUGCGUCCGCACUUGAAGCCUUGUCACAGUCCACUUAUGCUAGGUCUGACACUGCAUGCCUAUCCAUCAACUCGGCAGCUGGUGGAGUAUGGGCUGCUUGUAACGACAUUGCCAAUGUCCCUCCUACAAACGCUGCUCUUGCUGUUGUGCUCCUUGAAAGAUAUGACGAUCAACUCAACGAUGCCAUUCAAGAAUGCCAAGACCUUCUCAAUGGCCCAACCGAUAAUGAAGACUCUUUUGGCGAGGAUAACGAUGAAGGUGGAUGGAAUGAGCUGGUUGUAGGAAACAGCACCAAAGCCCAUGGAUAUUCAACUGCCGACCUGUCCAGCCAGGACAUGGACUGGGUCAGAGAUGUUCAGAGUAUGAUCAAGACAUGCAGACUGUCGUUCAAGAUGGUUAUGGCCAAUCUAUCUGGUCUAGCUCGCCCAACUGCAAAAGAAAACCAAGUCAUUGAUGUGCUGGUUGAUCUUGCCCUUAGAUGCGUUGAAAAGGCCGACAACGCUGUCUGUGAUAUCAAUCUUCCACUAAUUGAUUGUGACGAGGACUUGUAUGUAGCAGUGGAUGAGCUGGGCUCGGUACAAACACAUUUUCUUAAUACUAUAUCUGAUCUUUAUCCAGACAGUCAGCAUCAGUCCAGCAGUGCAACAACCACCCAAACAUGUCUUCAACUAUGCCUCGAUAAAACUAUACUCUUGAUUGAUAAACUAAAAAUCACUUUAUGA